AUGCAAGCUAUGGAAAGAGAGCCACAUUUGCUGGAAUUCAGUCAGUAUUUUCCUGAAAUUCAGAUGUCAAUUGAAAUGUUGGCAGUAGCUCAUUUGAGUAAUGAAUUCUCCAGUUAUUCUCAUGAAUUACUGUCGCAUUCUCAUCUUAUUUGUUGUGCUGUGAUCAAGUCCCCGUGGAUGGCAAUUCAUAUUUUGAUGGGGAUACUGGUCGACUACUGUGGGUUGAAUGUCUAUCCGGAAGGGACUCACUUUAUAAUUCUCUGGUUUGAGAGGCCAGACAUCAAUGAUGUCCAUGCUGGACCCCAUCUAGUUGAUAGUACAUCUAGGAGUCAUGAUCUACAGAUGUUGAAUACGUUCCAAACAAGUGCCCUAGCGUUGGGACUUAAGUACUGGAUACUGAUGAUAAAAGAUCUAUCUCAUUUUCAUAUCAGCUUAACAACUUCAGAACCUGACAGCUUAAGCUUAGCCUUUGUUCUGAUGGCUGACGGAAUCUGCGUUGAUACACUUCCCAUCAUUCUGUGCAUACUAUCCUUUCUUCCACUGUCCUGGGCUAUUCUGUGCGCUUUUAGCUCCUCUAUGAAUGUUAGGAUGUUGGAAGUUUGA